UAAUAUUAAUCUUCAAUAUAAUCAGCUAUUAAUUCACACAUUAUUCUGCAUUUGCCAGUAGUUAACAGACAUUUGCAGCAUAUAUAAGGGCCAGACAAGAAGUUAUGAAACUUGCCUUCUUUGGUUUCACAACAGGGUGGUACGCCGAGCCCUCCUCCAAUCAGAGCGUCUACUCUAGUGUCACAUGACCUUUAUUUACGUAACGUAAUGGUUACGGAGUGUCUAACCUAGUCCUGCGGUUGUCGGUAGAUUUCAAGCGUACUAUAAACAAACAGACUUUCCAUUUAACAGAGCAAAUCUUAAGCUGUAUUUUGUCAUUUGUGCUUUGUGGAGUGCAUGUGGAUCAGAACAACGAGGUGAGGUGGAGGGCUCGGGUUUUUAUACUCCGCUCAGUGGAGGCAGCUGUAACGUAUACAUAACCAGAGACUCACCGUGUGAUCAGGAAUGGAUAUCGUUGAUGCAUUUAUCUGCAAGUAAAGCCAAAGUUAGACUAAAAGGUAAAGGCCAGUUUCCGGGCGCCAGGACCUAAAGAGUGGAGUUCAUAUAAGCGGCGGGGCUUUUGUUGAGUGAUCUAAAACAGAGCCAUGGACCUGCUGGACUGCCCGGUGUGUGAGCUGAUCCUGUGUGAACCUGCGACCCUGUCCUGCGGCCACUCGAUUUGUCGCAGAUGCGUCGGGUACCUCCCGUCCAAAUGCCCUUUAUGCAAGGAGAGACUGAAGCAAAGAGAUACACAAAGCACCAAAAACAACGUGUUGUUGAUCGGCGUAGUUGAAAAGUGCUACCCCCAAGAGACGAGGAUGAAGCGCAGCAUUCAGGAGAAGCUUAGAGCCAACGAUUUCACGGAGGUUUUGAGGAUCGCAGGCGAGGCUAUGUAUUUAGCUCCAGAAGAUCUGUCUUUCAAGCUGUACAGAGCAGAAGCACAUUCAGGGCUGAAACGCUACUCGGAUGCUCUCAGUGACCUGAGUGAUCUCUGCUCCCUCCACCCUAAAUGGAUUGAGGCCUUUCUGCUCAAAGGGAAUACACUGCAGGAGAUGGGCCGUCACACUGAAGCUCUGGCCCAGUUUCACCACUGCCUCACGAUCCGGGCUGACUUUAGCCCCGCCAAGAGCCAGAUUAGAAAGAUACUGACGGCAGAGGGGGUGACGGUGCCGGAAGAGCAGCAGCAUGUUCUGCCCUUUCUGUCCGAGUAUCUGAAAGAAGCCGGAGGCUCCCAGGGGUCCCUGAACUUGGACGGGGGGCCGGGCGACCGCGGGCAGCGCACCGACAGGAGAUCCACGGGACGGGUACGGUGCAUGAGGAGGGUUGUGGGUUCCAGGGUGAUGGCCGACAGCGGUACAGAGUGCUGUCUUAGCCUCUGCCAAGCUGUCUCUUUCCUGCCAAAGCCUGAUGAAGACGAUGACACCCUGAUGAUGGUGAGGAAGGACGAUGCUCUGGGGAGAGGUUGUCGUGGCAAAGGGCGAGAGAAGAGCUUUUCUGUACUCUCCGUGAGCGACUUUGAGUGUCCUCUCUGCAUCAGGCUGUUCCACGAGCCAGUCACCACCCCCUGCGGCCACACCUUCUGCAAGAACUGUGUGAAGAGGAGUCUGGACCACAACCUCCGCUGUCCUCUGUGCAAGCAGCCCCUGCAAGAGUAUUUUGAGGAGAGGAAGUUCAGCAGCACGGUGCUACUCCAGGACAUCAUGGCGCACCUCUUCCCCUCCCAGCUGGCUGAGAGGAAACGCAUAGACGACGCAGAACUGGCUGAACUUUCCAAUCUCACCAAGGACAUCCCCAUCUUCGUGUGCACUGUGGCCUACCCCAGCGUGCGCUGCCCGCUGCACAUCUUCGAGCCGCGCUACCGGCUGAUGAUGCGCCGCUGCAUGGAGACGGGCACCAAGAAGUUUGGCAUGUGCAGCUAUGACCACAGCAAGGGGUUCGCGGACUACGGCUGCAUCCUGGAGAUCCAUGCCCUGAAGAUGCUCCCCGACGGUCGCUCCUUCGUGGACGCGCUGGGCAUGAGCCGCUUCAGGGUGCUGAAGAGGGGGCAGAGAGAUGGCUACCAGACGGCCGACAUAGAGUACCUGGAGGACAUCAAGGUGGAAGGGCCCGAGCUGGAUCUGCUGCAGGGUCUCCAUGAGGACGUGUACCAGGAGGCCCUGAAGUGGUACCAGGGCAUCGGCGAACACAUCCGGGAGCGCAUCAACGCGCAGUACGGAGCCAUGCCCGAGAAGGAGGACAACAUCCAGACGUCUUCAGACGGGCCGGCCUGGUGCUGGUGGGUUCUGUCGGUGCUCCAGCUGGACUCUGCCUACCAGACCACCAUCCUGUCCCUUCCCGCCCUCAAAGACCGUCUUGAACACCUGCGCCGCGCACUUGAGUACUUCUCCCAGAGCUAGCUCGGCCCGCCGCCGCAUGGUCGGAGAGCUAUACGAUGCCAGGCCGAACCAGCCGAGGUCACAUCAUGGCCGUACGCAGACGGAGCAUAUCGCCCGAGCUCGGUCGCGGCCUCACCGUCGCAGCGCAGCCAUGCCGUAGCCUUCCUAGUUCUCCCAUCGGCCCACAGUCGUUUUGGAUGCCGUCUAAAUAAGGCGGACCAGAUCCGUUGCAUUUCGUCCUUAUCAUAAGACAUGGAAGGUUGACAGUGGUGUAAGUAGGUCAUUAAACGUAUAAGAAAUAAAUAUUGGUCAAAUUCUACUUUUAUCACUUUUAUGAAUCCAUCACCAGAACAUUUCUAAAAUUUUGUUUUAUUUUCGAUCAACAUGAAUCUCCCGAGUCCGAGAGCACAUGGAGUGAUUCAAAUCUUAGUGGCCCAAGGGUCGCCAACUGCAAAGCCAACACUGUUCUGUGGGACCGUGGCCGGUUCAGUCUGGCUCCAAAAGUCCCAGGGCUAGUGGCGAGUGCUGAUCAUCCACCAGGUCGCUCAUCCCUCUGUUUGGCCAAAAACUGCUUAAUUUCUAUGUUCAUUUUGUUAUGGUCGGGGUGAGGAUUAGUGGGAACGGCUGUAAAUAAUUAGGUUUUACUUCAAGUACAGAAAUGAAAACAUAAAUGCCUUCAGCUUGCCGUUGCGACCCCCAACGGUAGCCCCCAAAAAACCUGCCGCAACUAAAGCUCUCUCCAAGGUUUCCUGGCAGCCCUGGAUAUAAGACCAUACGUGAGAGGGGUGUGGGUAAUUGCUGGCCAAAAACAGACCAUACCCUUCAGACAGAUGCUGCCAAAUUUGCCAAACUGUGCGAUACGUUUUUUGCAAACUUUAGCAAAGUGGGACACGAGUGCUGAAGAACUUAACCGGGGGCAGGAUCCUCCAGGCACGCUUCGCGGGUGCAUCAAAAAACAUGUGCAGAGGAAGAAAAAAAAAAACAGGCCUGGCAUUUGGCCUGGACUGGUCCACCUUGGGCUGGGCCGGUCUAGGCCAGAUGCCAGGGCUGUUUUUUUUUUUCUCCUAGUUCAGACCCUUUUCAUGCUAUCCCAUAUAAAUGCCUGAUCCUGAACUGGGUGAAAUGAUUUUUUAAAGACAACCAUAUAUCAGCCUAUCCGAGGUGAAUCGUGUAAAACCAGUGCAUGUGCUGCAACAGGUUGAAGACAAGGAGAUGGCUAAAUUAUUAUAUGUUCUGAAUUGUAAGGCACUGAAUGAUGUACGUACACCCAAUGUGUACGCAUAUGCUUAGUAUGGUUGAUAUUUUAUGUCGACCAAAUCUAGGCUACCAAAUUGAAUCUAAUGACGGCUGAAAGACGUGGGUGGGAGCUUCUUUAGAUUGACAUGCUACUUAUUUGAUUAUUUUCAUUAUUUAUCUUGUAUACGGCUACUUAAAGCAGUGUGUUAGACAAGCUUUUGGCUAGGUUAAACUAUGGAGUGGUGAACCAACACUGUCUGAAGAAAAACAGUGGGGACUGGCUAACAACUCGUGUUUGAUAACCCAUUUUUCUUUUUUUUUUACAAUAUAUGUGCCAUAUAUUCACCUAACUAUUUAUAUGAUAUUGUUUUUGAGCAUUAUCAUGUAACAGUGUUCGGUUCAAAGUGUGUGUGUGUGCGUGUGCGUGUACAUGCAGCUCCAAUUCAAAAUAGUAGUCGGAGCCGCAUCGUAAAUACUCAACAUUGGCAAACCUCACUAUUGUCUUAGUUCAAAGCCAACAUCAGAGUUGGCCGAUGGACAUGGUAUUGCUUUUAUUCAUUGAUCAAUGGAGAAGCCAUGGAACGCAUCUUUUAUUUUAAACAAUUACAGCCGAAGCCCUCUUCUAUCAACCGUAUAUAACCACUUGAAUUACUUGUCACGUAACCAUUGGCUGCCAUUGCAAGGAUAUAACCCAAGUCGUAAAAGGGAUUGACGCUCUUACAUAGUCAACACAGGUUCACUUGGGGUCUCCCUUCAAGAAGGGGAACAGGCCUUUGGAGGGUUCAUCUUUGGGCCCAUAAAACGCACAUUCUCAUGGCACAAGUGACUUCAAUCCUUCUCCAGAAUAACUCUAUUUUUGCACAGUGAAAAGCAAUUUUCACGUUACUUUCUUUUUGUACUUGUUCUGUGCUUUGCAAUGGACUUGUCCAUCUGUCACUCACUUAGUUAAACCCUUUUAAAUAAUGCAAAAAUCACUUUUUGUAAAAAGUAAUUGUAGUCCAGUCCGGUGAAGCAGAGUAAGAGUUUCUUCCACUGAAGUGUCUAGUUUAAUCAAAGAUUAAUUAAAAGUAGAAACAUUUAUGUCCAUUAUUUAAAUUUAAACUUUUUAAUACCUUUCCAAAUACUUACUUUAAAUAAUUUUCCCAACGUGUAAUGUGAGCCAAGCAAACCCCUAUCGACUUGUGUUACUAAUUUCGAGCUUUCAAACGUCUAUAUAAUAACAUCAAAUUGGUGUGGUGUCAGGUAUGUGAGACUAAUCAAAGGUGCUAAGCAAAAACAUCAAUGUAUUUGGAAUAAAGGCGCAUAAAGUGAAGAAUAGAUUGAGUCCAGCUUGGGAACACAUGUUGGAUUUCUUGUGUAAGUGCUGGCGGUCUGUUGGUUAAGUCAGUUGGACUCCCAACACAUGUCAGUGAACAGGGAGUCAAAGGCAUUCAGACACAACAGGGGGAACCCUAGCAUUUACUAGUCUGUGUGACUGAGCCAUUCUGAGCCACUGAGCUAUGUUCGUCAUAUUUAGCCUUCUUAAGAUGACAAUGAUUAAUAAGGUGGAUAUUUGUGAUUGUUUAUUUGUCCAUUUUGUUGAUGCUUUUUCUUGUAUCUGUUAUCCCUGUACAAUGUCAAAAAUUUGAAUGUAAUAAAGAAAAAUAAUAAUAA